UCCUACCAAGCUUACGCAGAACCGCAUCUCAUACGCCUAGCCAACAAGUCAUCCAUUGAAGCUCUCGGUGAAGGCAAUGUUGCGCUAUCCGCAGUCGUCGAUGGAAAACGCAUUCCCAUCCAGCUGAAAAGCGUCUUGCAUGUUCCCGCUCUUGCAAACUCGCUGCUCUCUGUGAGAACUGCCACGCGCCGAGGGCACGCUGUCAACUUCUCGCUGGACAGAUGUUCUAUUUUAAACCCUUCCGGCAAGAUCAUCGCUCAGUCGAAGGGAAGAGGAAACCUCUAUGACCUUCAUGUUGUCCCU